UAAUUUGCGUGUCUGUCCGUGGAAGAAGCACCUCUUUCAUUGUAAUUGUAAAGGAAGAAAGAAGAAAGAAGAAGAAGAAGCAUCAUCGGAAGCUGAGAUCUAAUCUAAUGGCGCUAGAGUGGGUUGUGCUGGGCUACGCCGCCGCCGCAGAGGCCAUAAUGGUCAUUCUCCUCACGAUCCCCGGCCUCGACGCCCUCCGCAAGGGUCUGAUCGCGGUCACCCGCAACCUGCUGAAGCCGUUCCUCUCGGUCGUCCCCUUCUGCCUCUUCCUCCUCAUGGACAUUUACUGGAAGUACGAGACGCGUCCCAGCUGCGAGGGUGAAUCCUGCACCCCCUCCGAACACCUCCGCCACCAGAAAUCCAUCAUGAAGAGUCAGCGCAACGCUCUUCUCAUCGCCUCCGCGCUCCUCUUCUACUGGCUCCUCUACUCCGUCACCAACCUCGUCGUCAAGAUCGAGCAACUCAACCAGCGCCUCGAGCGCUUGAAGAAUCGCGACUGAAGCCACCGCAGAUAAGUCCGUUAUUCCAUCCCUCACAAAUAUGUCUUCUCUUGUUCUGCCUUCUACUUUUGCGAGGAAGAAUUCGUUUACGUCGAUUUCUUUUUUAUUUCCAAAUCCGUGUUUGCACCGUGACAGUUAUUGAGUUUAUUCUAGUGCUACUCUUUUUUUUCUAUGCUACUUCUACUUUCGCCGCCUAGGGUUUCUUUUGGGGAUUUUCUUAUUUUUCCGCUGCGGGAUCCAAUCGCGUCUACCUCGUCGCUCUAUUGUAUCGUAGGAAAGCGUGGCUUCGAUUAUUCUUCGGUGUUA